UUUAAGAAUUAUUAUUAAUUUUAUUGAGUAAAUAGAUUUGUUGAAUUUUUAUUUUUGUUUUUGUUUUAUUUUAUUUUUUUAAUUCAAAAUGGAGGUUAUUGAAGAUGGAAAUAUUAUGGACAGGAUCCCUAUUUUGUUGCAAAGGGAUUUGGAAUAUUAUCAGAAAAAUCAAACAGUUUUAUCGGAGACAAUAUGUCCGGGAGUGGUGGGGGGUCGACUGGAUUUUCCCAGAAACGCCUCGUUUGCUGCUGUCAAAAUUGUCAUUUGGCUAGAAGAUGAAUUUACUAUUGCUUUCCAGCAUGGCUCAGGAAUGUUUGUCGUCACGGAGGAAGAAGAAAAAAAAGAUGGCGGCGUCGCAAAGACUUCGGAUCCUGAUAAAUUUGUCCAUCUUGCCAUAAAAUCGAGUGAUUUGUUACUAGAACACCUCCACGUUCUUGCACAAGAGGCUCUUGACCAUGCUGACUUGCCUGUCUUGACCGCAACAUUGGGUGCGGCCGCGUUGCUCAAAAAUAGCCUCUAUUGCUAUGUGCAACACGUCGAAGAUAGCUGCAGCAAUGACAAAAUUUCGGCAAUGCAGGCGUGUUACAAACGCUACGUCACAAUGUCGGAAGCAGUUGCGGAGAGGGUCCUAGACUUGCACAAUAGAGUUCUUUCCCUGUACAUACUACAAGAUUCUGGUGGGAGGCCUAUAGAAGGAAAUAAUGUAGUACACCACGCUGGUACUCCCUCGGUUCAAGGAUGGUGGUUGUAUAUGAAUGGAAGCAGGAAAGAUUUAUGGGGCACAGUCCCUCCAAGGAUGGCGCAGAGAAUAUUUGCUGGCAUGCUCAAUGAAACUCUCACUAUAUUGACUGUUAGAUAUUGCCAGACCAACACAACCGCAUCAACCACACCUCUCUUGCUAAACGACAUACUGAACAUUCUACUCUGUGUCGCGCAACUGUUGCCGGCGAUCUGCGCGACCGGCGCCGACGCGUGCGGGCGUGACGUCACGCAGCAGCCGCGUGACGUCAGAGACGUGCACGCCAAGUGCAAUGAACUGUUCAAGUGUCUUGUGUAUAGGGGGGCUGAGUUGCAUUUUAUACAUCAGGUGUUCAAAGACAAAGACCAAACGGAGACCACAAAAGACGGUCCUUACCCUUGGUUCACAUUCGUCAGUCCUAACCUGUUUGACAUCGGAGCUAAUUCACCUGUCGUACAUUUGUCUGACAAGACAGCUAUUGGAUUGGAGCUCAUCGUAUUGUUAGCACAACCGCAGCCAUCUUGUUCUUUGGUUGUCAAGGUUCUAAUGAUGCGUAACUGCUUCCUAGCACGAAUGCUACUUAUUCACGCUAUAAGGCACAUGUCCAAGGACAAUUCCCGUUGGCCAGCGGACGGCCUUUGGUACAGUGUGGAGGGGAAGCCUAAGAAAUGUAAAGGUUUUCUAUGCACUGCCGAUGGGUUCUGCAAUUUCAGCAAAGAUAUUCUUGCCGGGGAAGAGUACGCUCGGGCGGCGGGUGCGUUAACUUACAUUCUGACCACUAUAGGCAGCAAGACGGAAUUGAAAUCCACCUUGUGUUACGCCCUAGAAAUUUCUGGAAAGGACUGGGCCUCGUGUUUAGACAAAAGACAGGUGUGGUGUGACCGCCGGCCGCCGUGGCUGGCGGGGGCGCUUGCAACGGCGGGGUCGGCGCUACAGUUCAUCCCUCCGAUCUUAGUUAACGCCGUGCGGAGCGGCGCAUCUAUGUAUCAGACGAUGUCUCUCUGUUUAACUUGUAUCUCCCGAUCUCUCGAUUGCGUGCCUCGGACAUUCUACAACGCUUGUAUAGUAAUAGAGAAGACAUUGCCUUCUCACAUUAACCCGGUCGGAGGUUCUGUGUUAUUGCAAAUGUUGAUCACAGUCGCCUACGAAGAGAUGCUGAAUUGGGCGAAGAAUGAGGCGAGGAGGGAAAAGAAUGUGCCAGCUAACGGCGAAGCUCACAAUAUGAGCGACAGGCCGAACAGACCAAGAAAACACGUGAGAAUUGUAAGCCUCGGGAAUACAACCACGUCUAGCUCAGUGAGUUUUGACGGCAGCCAUAGUUCACCGUCGUCUAUAGCGUUGGCCAUAGCCGAAGCUUUAUGCUCUAUAGACGAGGAUGACAAACACACACAAGAAAUAGAACAGUUGGUGACACAGUCCAGGAAAACUGUUACUCUGUCGAACCAAUUUGGACUCGAAGAUUUUCCAGAAUUCGCGGAAUUUUUUGAAGAGGGGGAUGUACCAGGUGCAAAUGCUGAGCGUGCAAGCGACGCCGCGGCCUUAACUAGUCAAAUUCUGAUGACGUCACCCGGUCGAGAUAGUUUACGGGUGAUUUCUGACCACCUACAACUACAUGCGGAGAGAAUUUACAAAGAGUUGGGCAUACAAGAGCCUGGUGGAGUGGAUAUUCCUUUGAAUAAGGCACCAUUGUUGUACGUCAUGUUCCAUAUUGGACGUAGACCUUUUGAUCAGUUUCUACGUGGUGAAUGGCCGAUGCCCUGGAGUAAAUUGGUCAUGUUGGCUAAGACCUGGUCCGGGAUAGAAGGCGCCCGCGUUCACAUCAACAGGAGGGACGAUAUCCGUAACAUCAAGUCUUUAGGAAGGUCUAACAAACAGCUGAUCGAACUCUAUGGCAUGUUUAAACCUUCUGCAGAUGGUGUAUUGUGAUUUUUUUAUGACUUACUAAGUCUAGAUUUUGACGCUGGUUGUUUGUUCCUUAGUAUUUGGGUAUAAAAUUAAUAAGGCUAUAAUAAUUGGUUGGCAGCUUUAUUUUUAAUCUAUGCUUGUAUACUGAUACUAAAACGCGUUUUAGCAAAAUUGCUGUUAUGUAAAAAAUAUUUAUGACUUGUUAUGAAAUAUCAGAUUCAA